AUGAAAUCCAACCAAGAGCGGAGCAACGAAUGCCUGCCUCCCAAGAAGCGCGAGAUCCCCGCCACCAGCCGGCCCUCCGAGGAGAAGGCCACGGUCCUGCCCAGCGACAACCACCGGGCGGAGGGUGUGGCAUGGCUCCCGGGCACCCCUGGCGGCCGUGGCCACGCGGGCGGCCGGCUCGGCCCGGCGGGGACCUCGGUGGAGCUCGGUUUACAGCAGGGAAUAGGUUUACACAAGGCGCUGUCCACGGGGCUGGACUACUCCCCGCCCAGCGCGCCCAGGUCUGUCCCCGCGACCACGCUGCCCGCGGCCUACCCGCCCCCGCCGUCGGGGACACCCGUGUCCCCCGUGCAGUACGCGCACCUGCCGCACACCUUCCAGUUCAUCGGGUCCUCGCAGUACAGCGGGCCCUACGCCGGGUUCAUCCCCUCGCAGCUGAUCUCCCCCACGGCCAGCCCGGUCACCAGCGCCGUGGCCUCGGCCGCGGGCGCCGCCACUCCGUCCCAGCGCUCCCAGCUGGAGGCCUAUUCCACGCUGCUGGCCAACAUGGGCAGCCUGAGCCAGGCCUCGGGACACAAGGCUGAGCAGCAGCAGCAGCAGCAGCAGCAGCACCUCGGCAGGACGCCCGGGCUGGUCACCCCCGGGUCCCCACCACCACCCGCCCAGCAGAACCAGUACGUGCACAUCUCCAGCUCCCCGCAGAAUGCGGGGCGCGCGGCCUCUCCUCCUGCCCUCCCGGUGCACCUCCACCCCCACCAGGCCAUGAUCCCACACACUCUCACCCUGGGGCCCUCCCCCCAGGUCGUCGUGCAAUACACCGACUCUGGCAGCCACUUCGUGACUCGGGAGGCCGCCAAGAAAGCCGAGAGCAGCCGGCUGCAGCAGGCCAUGCAGGCCAAGGAGAUGCUCAACGGGGAGAUGGACAAGGGACGCAGGUACGGGGCCCCGACCCCGGCCGAGCUGGGCCUGGUGAAGGCCGGCGGCAAGUCAGUGCCUCACCCCUACGAGUCCAGGCACGUGGUGGUGCACCCCAGCCCCGCCGACUACGGGGGCCGAGACUCCUCGGGCGUGCGGGCCUCGGUGAUGGUCCUGCCCAACAGCAGCGCGCCCGCGGCCGACCUGGAGGUCCAGCAGGUGUCGCACCGGGAGGCCUCCCCCUCCGCCCUCAACGACAAAAGCGGCCUGCAUCUAGGAAAGCCCGGACACCGCUCCUACGCGCUGUCACCCCAGCAGGCCCUGGGUCCCGAGGGUGUCAAGGCCGCCGUGGCCACGCUGUCCCCGCACACGGUCAUUCAGACCACGCACAGCGCUUCGGAGCCACUCCCGGUGGGCCUGCCCGCCACGGCCUUCUACGCCGGCACCCAGCCGCCGGUCAUCGGCUACCUGAGCGGCCAGCAGCAAGCGAUCACCUACGCCGGCGGCCUGCCCCAGCACCUGGUGAUCCCUGGCACCCAGCCCCUGCUCAUCCCGGUGGGCGGCGCGGACAUGGAGGCCUCGGGGGCGGCCUCGGCCAUCGUCACAUCCUCGCCCCAGUUUGCUGCAGUGCCUCACACCUUCGUCACCACCGCCCUCCCCAAGAGCGAGAACUUCAGCCCGGAGGCCCUGGCCACCCAGGCUGCCUACCCGGCCAUGGUGCAGGCCCAGAUCCACCUGCCCGUGGUGCAGUCCGUGGCGUCCCCCGCGGCAGCUCCCCCCACGCUGCCUCCCUACUUCAUGAAAGGCUCCAUCAUCCAGUUGGCCAACGGGGAACUGAAGAAGGUGGAGGACUUAAAGACAGAAGACUUCAUCCAGAGUGCAGAGAUCAGCAACGACCUGAAGAUCGACUCCAGCACGGUGGAGAGGAUAGAGGACAGCCACAGCCCGGGGGUGGCCGUGAUACAGUUCGCGGUGGGGGAGCACCGAGCACAGGUCAGCGUUGAAGUUUUGGUAGAGUAUCCUUUUUUUGUGUUUGGACAGGGCUGGUCAUCUUGCUGUCCAGAGAGAACCAGCCAACUCUUUGAUUUGCCGUGUUCCAAACUCUCUGUUGGGGAUGUCUGCAUCUCGCUUACCCUCAAGAACCUGAAGAACGGCUCUGUUAAAAAGGGCCAGCAGGUGGAUCCCGCCAGCAUCCUGCUGAAGCACUCAAAGACCGACAGCCUCGCGGGCAGUAGACACAGAUACGCAGAGCAGGAAAACGGAAUUAAUCAGGGAAGUGCCCAGAUGCUCUCUGAGAAUGGCGAACUGAAGUUUCCAGAAAAAAUAGGAUUGCCUGCAGCACCUUUGCUCACCAAAAUAGCACCCAGCAAGCCCGCAGCCACGAGGAAGAGGAGGUGGUCGGCGCCAGAGACCCGCAAACUGGAGAAGUCAGAAGACGAGCCACCUUUGACUCUUCCUAAGCCUUCUCUAAUUCCUCAGGAGGUUAAGAUUUGCAUUGAAGGCCGGUCUAACGUAGGCAAGUAGAGGCCAUGCGGGGGAAGGAAAUGUGGGUCUCCCUUAUCAUGUGUAUCAAGAUUACUGUACUGUAGGCUAAAUAAUACAGUAUUUACAUGUUAUCCUCUUCCUUUAGGUUUCUGUUAUAACCUUGUCAUUAGCGUUGCAGCUGGUGUUGCGCAGGAGACUGGUGCAUAUGCUCUGCCCACGUGUCUGGCAGGGAGUUGCACCUGCAGCAUCCCCGGGCUUGACUGCGCUGGUUUCCUGAGCAAGUUCUCCUGGAAGGGAACUGCAGGGCGGGCGAGCGAGCGUGCGUGCAGCGAGCGAGGGUCUCUCUCUCUCUGCCUCCCUGUCUCCCUCUCUUGUUCUCAGCGCGGGGUGUCCUCUGGAGGUCCUCACGUGCAAAAUAAACAUCAGGAUCCCCGCGUCAGGACAUCCUAGAGAGGCAUCAGACAGCGGGUGGAAAGCUAACCGUGUAAAACAUGUCCCCCCUCCAACAUAUUUUACAAUAAAAGCAACUUUUAAUCCUAUAGAUAUAUAUUUCCCCCUAUGGGGCCUGACUGCACUGAUAUUUUUUUUAAAGAGCAACUGCCACACGUGGGAUUUCGUUUCUGCUUUACGAGUGCAGUGAAGUCUCCAGGGUGUCGUGCGUGUGGGAGGGGCAGCCCCUGCAAGGCCGUGCUCCCCCAGAGUUGGGGGGGUAGUGGGGAGCAGGUGUGGGCAGGGAACCCCCACUCUGAUUUCUGUGCAGUGUUAGGAAAACCAAUCAGGUUAUUGCAUUGACUUCGCUCCCAAGAGGUAAACUGCCCGACAGUGAGAGCCAAGGAAGCUCUUGGCAUUGGGUUUGCAAAUCUUUUGUCUUUUAACUCUAGUACUGUUUAUAGUUCAUGACUAUGGACAACUCGGGUGCCACUUUUUUCAGAUUCCAGUGUGACGUGAGGAAUGAGAUUUUGAAGAUGAGCAUAUAAAUUACUAUCUCUAAGCACUUCAAAUGCUGUUCACACUUUAUUACCAAGCAUCUUGGUCUAUCAUUCAACAAGUACUGUAUCUCACUUUAAACUCUUUGGGAAGAAAAACAAAAAAAAACUAAGUUGCUUUCUUUUUUUUCAACACUGUAACUACAUUUCAGCUCUGCAGAGUUUCUCACGAGCAAGAGAUUGAAAGUUUCGAUGUGGUUUAAAGGGAUGAAUGUGAAUUUUGACCUAGUAUGUGACCAUGAAUGACCACCAAGAACAGCCUGAAGGGGGCGCUUUUCACUUUGAUGUCUGAGAAUUAAAGGCAGAGCUGACAGAGAAACUGAGAGAAAAGGGAUGGAAAUACUCAUUUUUGUCCAGUGUUUUUCUUUUAAAGAUGAACUUUUAAAGAACCUUGCGAUUUGCACAUCUUGAGUUUAUAAUUUGUGUGAUAUUCCUGCAGUUUUUAUCCAAUAACAUUGUGGGAAAGGUUUGGGGGACUGAACGAGCAUAAAUAAAUGUAGCAAAAUUACUUUCUAACCUGCCUAAACUCUAGGCCAUUUUAUAAGGUUAUGUUCCUUUCGAAAUUCAUUUUGGUCUUUCUACUACAUCUGUCACAAAGCCAGGUCUUAGCAGGACAACUCUGAGAAUUUUCUUCAGAUUCAUUGAGAGAGUUUUCCAAAAAGACAUUUAUAUAUGUGAGCAAGUUUUUUUUUUUUUUUUAACAAUUGCUUUAUUAUUGUUGUUAUCAAUGUUAUUUUCAGAAUGAAUUUUUUUUCAUCUGAAGUCAAAUCAAGAGUUAAUGUUUGGUACAAACCCAGAAAGGGUAUUUCAUAGUUUAAACCUUUCAUUCCCAGAGAUCUGAAAUAGCGGUUGUAGAUUUUGAGUCUGCAUCUUAAAGUGCUUUUUUUUUUUAAAAAAAAAAAAUGUUUUAUAACUAGGGAGAAAUUUUUAAAUAUUCUUACUUGGAAUGGCUGCAACUAAUCAGAACCGAUGCUGAUCUAAUUUCCCUUUUACCAUUGAACCAAGUAUUUCUUCCAUUUCACAAGUUAUACAAAAAAAAUUCUCAAAUGUCAACCCAUAUUUAGCGAUCUAGUAUUCCUUCGUAUUUAGUUCUCACCGGAACUCAAGAUUUUUAUGAACCUUUUUCUGGGGUGUACCAAAAACAUUUGACUAGGUUUAGAAAAUAGUUAGAACCAUUUCUUGACUUUCUUCAGAUUUCAUUACCCUCUCGGCAGGCUGGCGAGAGCUGGGUGGCCCGUUCUUGAAGUCAUAGUGCUUAUUUAGUGCUGUAUUUUUUUUUUUUAACCUUUCUGUUCAGAGAACUUGCUUAAUCUUCCAUAUAUUCUGCUCAGGGCACUUGCAAUUAUUAGGUUUUGUUUUUCCUUUCUGUUUUGUAACCUUUGAUAGUAAGAGGAACACGGGGCUGCCAUGUAGACUUUUGUCCUCAUCCGUACCACUAUUUAUAGCAACUCGUGGACUCCGAACAACACACAUCACCUUUUGGCUUACUUGGAUCCACAAAACCAACACUAAAAUGGGAAAACAUUCAUGGUUUGGAGCAAUAGGAACAUCAUCCUAAUUUUUGUGCUUCUAUCUAUUUCAGGUAUAGGAAUUAUAAAAUAAUCGGUUCUUUCUAAACAUUGUCGCAUUUCAUUCUCUUGCUUUUUUUAGCAUGUGCAAUACUUUCUGUGCCAAUAGUCUGACCGUCUGCUCUAGUUAAAACUCAUACCCUUUCGGCUUUUUCCUGUUCGGUUCAUCUUCCCCACUCUGGCCAGAGAAGGGCUGGAGGGAAGAGACCCAGGAAGGGGAUUGCCUCCUGCUGCGGAUGCUGAGUGCUGGGGCAGGGAGCCUUCAGGAGCACCCCGUGUCUGUCGCCAUGUUGCAGAAAGAGCAAGCCAAGGAGAUCUAGGGGAAGAGCUGCGGUUCCCCAGGUCACCACGAGGAAUAGUCGAUGUGGAGCGUGGAGAGGAAGGAGGCAGAGUCAUCUCUCAGGCACACUCGGGAGCAGUGUAGCCAGGAUCAACCCGUUUUCCACGUCCUCUCCGCGCUGGGCCAGGCCCUGCCUGAGGUCUGUGUCCUUGAGACUUCAAGUCGUGCCUCUGAGCAACGGCCUGUGGCUGCGGAGGGAGCGACCUGGCAACCAUGUCACCUCUCCUCUGUGUCAGCUCUGUCCUCAAAUAGGAACAACAACUCGAGGACAGGGAGCCUCCUCUUGUUGGCAGACAUUGGCGAGCCCCAGACUCCCAGAACAGCCUUUGGCACCGCUCCUGUGUCACGAACCUAACCGUGACAGGUGUAGAAAUUCUUCGGUGCCGUGCAGCUUACGAGGAUCAGCUAUGUGCCUCUGUACUGUGUCCACUUUGCAAUAUUUACUGACAGCUGUCUUUAGUUCUUCUUUCUCUCCUGUUUUCCAUUUUUAAACAAAUAACAGCAGGCCUUUUGCGUUUACAAUGGAACACAAUCACCAAGAAAUUAGUCAGGGCGAAAAGAAAAAAAAUAAUAAGAAACCAACAAACAAGAACCUCUCUUUGUAGGGAUUUCUAAAUAUAUAAAAUGACUGUUCCUUAGAAUGUUUAACUUGAGAAUUCUUUCAGUUUGUCUGGUCCACUUGGGGUGGGGGCGGGGUGGGGGGCGGGGGAUACAGACAUGGAUGCCACUUACCUCAAAUCUUUUCAAGUGGAAAUCCAAAUUGCGUUUUCAUUUGGACCUUCAGGAUGAUUUUCUAUGUCGGUCAAGUUUUCGUUUCCCCCAACUCACCCAGUUCGGUUUGGGAUGAUUGAUUUUUUUUUUUUCUUUAUUGUGGUGGAUCCCAUUUCUCAGCGAAUGGCGACCCUCUAUGUUUUGUGUUAGGCGAGUGUGUUGGGUUUUCCCCCACCAGAAAGUGGUGGCAUCCCUCCUUCUUCCCCCACGAGGAACUCUGCGGAACCUUUCACACCUCUUACUCAGGGACGGGGCUGGCGUGUGUGUGGCACACUGAUGUGCCCGGAAGCAGCACUUUGACUGCUCUGGGGUAGGGUUGUACAACUUCAAGGAAUGUUUGGAUUUCCUGCAUCUUGUGGAUUCCUCCUUAGAAACUGCAUAGAUUGCAAUAUAAUGCUGCAUGUUCGAGAUGAACAGUAGCUCCUAGUAAUCAUCAAAUCCACUCUUUGCACAUAGUUUGAUCUUUACUGAAUAUAUUGCCAAAAUUUAUUUUUGUUGUCGUAGCUUUGGAAUUUUUUAUGUUUUUUUAAGGAGACAAUUGACAAUACCCUCUUAACAUCUGUGACUACUAAGGAAACCUAUUUCUUUCAUAAAGAGAAAAGUCUCAAAUGCUUUCGAAGACACUAAUGCCAUGCUGUUUCAGACAUGGGUGAACAAGCAGAGCUCUUGGGACAGAAGGCCAGGCUUUUUGAGCUGUGUUGGUUGUCAUGGCUACGGCUUCAUGAAGCAAAAGCAGCUCAACAAACUGUGGUGUCUUCUCUCCUAAAACUCUUUGCACUUCCUGUUUCCUAAUCACCCGCGAAGAUUCCAGGUGAACACGGGGCCAGGGGUCUCCAGGGUCCGAUCCAGCUGCCGUGGUGAUACGAAAAGGAAGGGAAAAUUACACUUUUUUUUUGUUGUUGUUGUUGUUUUUCCAAGGGAGGCAUUUGCUUCCGCCUUUGUGUUUGCAACCCAGAAUUUCUGAAAUAGAGGAUUUAAGAACACGUCAAGUCAUAAAUACACAGAGAAUAUACUUUUUUAUAAAGCACAUGCAUAUGCUGUUGUGUUGGGUUGGUUUCCUCUUCCACGGACAGUGUUGUGUUUCUGUCAAUAGGGAAACUCCAAACAAUUUGCACACCUCUACCCCGGAGCUGAGAUUUCUUUUACAUAGAUGACCUCGCUUCAAAUAUGUUACCUUACUGAUAGGAUCUCUCCUUGUAGCACUAUACCUUGUGGGAAUUUUUUUUUUUUUAAAUGUACACCUAAUCUGAGAAGCUGAAGAAAACAAACUUUUUGAAGCACUCACUUUCAGGAGUACAGGUAAUGUUUUUAAAAAAUUGCACAAAAGAAAAAUGAAUGUUGAAAUGAUUCAUUCAGUGUUUGAAAGAUAUGGAUCUGUUCAAAUAAUGAGUUUCAUACCUUGUUUGUAAAAAAAGAAAAAGAAAAAAGCAUAAAGGUUGAAAGUUACCUGUUUUGUUUUUUUUUUUGUAUAUAGAAAUUUGUCAUGUCUAAAUGAUCAGAUUUGUAUGGUUAUGGCCUGAAAGAAUUACUACGUAAAAGGCUCUUAAACUAUACCUAUGCUUCCUUUAUGUUUUGUUACACAGAGCCCUCUUCUGAGGGAGGGUCAUUCUGUAUUCUGCAGUUCGAGAAUACCGUUCAUUCCUAUACUGAAAAAUACUUCUCUGAGCUCCCUUCUUAGUUGAAACUCUUUAAGCCAUUGCAACUCCUUUUUCUUCAGAGAUGAUGUUUGACAUUGUCGGCACUUCCUGUUCCACUAAACCCAAAGAAUAUAAUCCUGAACAAGAAGUGUUUGUAACAAGGGAUCCUAGCUACCCGUAAGACAGGACUCAUGACGAGGACAAAACAAAGUUCAGCCUUUUUUCCCCCGCACCUCAUUUUCAUGGGGGGGUAAAACAUGCAUUUUAAUGUAAAGGCCUCAUUUGAGUUUUAUUUUCUCUGUAAUCGUAAGAGGCCGAAAUAAAUACGGAGCAACUUCUCAGAAGUCAGAUUCUGUCCAAAAAUCGAGCCAGCCAACGGAAACUGGAGAGCUGAGGGGCUGUCGAGGCAGCCCCCCCAACAGCUACAGUUCUGAAAUUCAGAAUCUCGGCCCCUCCCUUACUGUUGAAUGCAAUUUUUCUGGUAGCUAACAUUCACCUGUACGAUGGCGGGAGGAAAGAGCGGCUUUGGUUUUCCAUGUCCUCACGACCUGCGUACACAUGGUUCAGCUGUAUUAAAAUUAAGUGCAUUUGGCCAAUAGGUAGUGUCUAUCCAGUAACAGUCUCUAAGCAUUUCCGUAACUUUUCUUAUCUGAAAGGACUCAAGUCUUCCACUGCAGAUAAUCGGAGACUUCACCCAAGUUUUCUUACCCUUUGGUGGGUUGGUUUGCUGUCCGGAUGGCCCGUCAGCCGGUCUCCUUUUCCAUGGCCUGUCUGAAGGCCUUUUCUGGAAGUGUUGUUUACAGUAAUCCUUGCCGAGAUAACACACUGUCCUCCGAAAACCGAGUCUGAGGCGAUGCUAAGCUGACGGGCUGCUGUCUUUAAAGAGCAGUCGCCGAGAAGCUGGCUUGAUCGGCACCAUCUGGGUCUUACCCGAGCCACCGACUCUUAGGCCUCUCUGGCGCAGGACUGGGGUAAGAUCUGUAGUCAGUGACACCUUCAACUUGAUGCCUGUGCAUUGGGUUCUGUGAAUACUGCCUCUUGGGCCUUUGGGGGAUGUUUUGUCCUCUCCAAGCCAUCGCCCCUCCCCUGUAACCCCAAAUUGUCAGCUGUCAGGCGCUUUCAAGAGCCCCGCCAGGAUUCCUGGUGGCUUUCGGUUAAGACUGUCCGAUUUCUAGCCAGUGGGGUCCUGGCCCCCAGAGCCAUCUCUGAGAUUCGUACCAUUGAAUCAUUAUCCUCCAAACUUCAAACCUAUGCCUCCCAUCAGCCAGGGGGAAAAAGAGACACCAGACCUUUGAGGGCACUAUCAGACUGACAUGGCCAGUACAGAGGAGAACGAGAGAAGGAAUGAUGUUUUGCACCUUAUUGAAAAGAAAAUUUUAAGUGCAUACAUAGUUAAGAGCUUUUAUUGUGACAGGAGAACUUUUUUCCAUAUGCGUGCAUACUCUCUGUAAUUCCAGUGUAAAAUAUUGUACUUGCACUAGCUUUUUUAAAACAAAUAUUAAAAAAAAAAAAACGAAAGAAUUCAUAUUCUAUUUUCUAAUCGUGGUGUGUCUAUUUGUAGGAUACACUCGAGUCUGUUUAUUGAAUUUUAUGGUCCCUUCCUUUGAUGGUGCUUGCAGGUUUUCUAGGUAGAAAUUAUUUCAUUAUUAUAAUAAAACAAUGUUUGAUUCAAAAUUUGAACAAAAUUGUUUUAAAUAAAUUGUCUGUAUACCAGUACAAGUUUAUUGUUUCAGUAUACUCGUACUAAUAAAAUAACAGUGCCAAUUGCAAAUGUGUCCUUGCUUUUG